AUGGCAAUAAAGUGGUUCGACAGCUUGCCCCCAAGAUCAAUCACAAGCUUCGACCAAUUCGCCAAAAAUUUUCUAGCCAGGUUCUCCAUACAAAAGGACAAAGCCAAACACGCUCCAAGCCUGCUAGGAAUCAAACAGGGACACCGGAAAAGUCUCUGCAGCUAUAUGGAAAGAUUCAAUAAAGCAUGCCUCGACAUACAGAACCUUCCCACAGAAGCAGCCAUCAUGGGACUCAUCAAUGGUCUACGUGAGGGGCCCUUCAGCCACUCCAUAUCUAAGAAACACCCCACAUCCCUAAAUGAAGUGCAAGAACGGGCUGAGAAAUACAUCAACAUGGAGGAAAACUUCGGAUUAGGAGAAACCUCUAAAGCCGAAUUUUCCUAUCCACCUUGGGACAAAGACAAUGAGUCAAAGAAAAAGGAAGACCAAUCCACAGAGAAACCCAGGAAAUACCAUAACUAUACCCCUCUUCGGGUAUCCUUAGUAAACGUCUACCGGGAAAUAUGCAACAACGAAAAGAUCCCACCUCCUCGCCCAAUCAAACACAAAGGGGGGCGGAGAGUCGGACCGAAUACUGUGAAUACCACCGGAUCUAUAGACACCCCACUAAUGAAUGCUACGACUUGA